UUUAUUUUAAGAUCAGUUUUAAAAAAGUUUUACUUGGUUGAUGUAGUGUUUUUUGCAUUCAUAAAAGUAAUUGUCAUUGCUGACUAUUGUGGAAGAUCGAUAGAAAAAUGGAACUGAAUACUGGAACUAAAGAGUUAUUGUUUUUCAUAGUCGAAAAUUGGAAAUUAUUGCUUUUUUUUAACUUAAUAUUUUUUCUUUAUUUUUACUACACCCAAACGUUUGAUUAUUUCGAAAAGCGAAAUGUAAAAUUUAUGAAACCUGUUAUUUUCUUUGGAAAUUCAUUAUCUAGAAUAACUGGUAAAAGGUCUUUCAUCGAAUUUCAUUUAGAUGUUUACAAUUACUUUAAAGGCAAUCGUUAUGGAGGAUAUUUCGAAGGUCGAAGACCUGUUCUGUAUGUCUUACACCCAGACCUAAUAAAAUCUGUCACUAUUAGUGAUGCCGAUCAUUUUAUUGACCGAAGUACUAUCAAGACUAAGGAACCAAGAUAUUUGAGCAGAUCGCUUUUAGCUUUAAAGGGUAUGGAAUGGAAAGCCGUCAGGAGCUUAAUAACACCAACUUUCAGCUCAUCACGCUUAAAAAAUAUGUUCCCAUUAGUUCAACAUUGUUCAGACCAGUGGGUUGGACUUUUAUCACGCUUUGACAAUACUCAAAUCGAACUCAAAGAGAUGACUGGCCAUUUCACAUUGGAAGUUACAGGUGUAUGUGCAUUUGGUAUAAGCACUGAUGCUCUUAAAGAUGAAAAUGCAGAAUUCUACAAGGUAGCAGAGAAAUUUAAUUACAUGUCCAUUCAAAAGAGGAUAUUUUUCUUUUUCAUUUUAUUGUUUAUGCCUUCGAUGUUCAGAUACAUAAAUAUAUCUUUUAUGAACUAUGAUGCUACGAAAAAGUUAGUAAAAAUAUUACAAAACACUAAAGCUGAAAGAAUGACUGCAGAAUCUAAGAGAAGUGACUUUUUGCAGCUUUUAGUUGAUGUUGCUAUAAAAGAAAAAGAAGAGCUUGAAAACGCUAGUGAAUCUUCUAAAAGAUAUUUGGACAAUGACACAUUGGACGCACAAGCAUUACUAUUCUUGUUAGCGGGUUUUGAGACAACAAGUACUUUGUUAUCUUUUGUUUUUCACACAAUGGCAGUUCGGCCAGAUAUACAAGACAAAUUAAGGGCUCAUAUUGAAGAAAUUACUAAAGGACAAGAGUUGACCUAUGAUCUUCUUUCGCAAUUAGAUUAUCUAGAUGCAGUUAUACAGGAAACUUUAAGAAUGUACCCACCAUUAGGCAGAAUUGAUAGAACAUGUACUAAGCCAUACACUUUACCUGGUACAUCAUUGCAUCUCAAAGUCGGCGACGUAGUUGCAGUACCCGUUUAUGGCAUCCACAUGGAUCCAGACAUUUAUCCCGACCCAAAGAAAUUUAUACCUGAAAGAUUUAUGAAGGAAGAGAAAAAGGGGAGGCCUUCGCAUUUGUUUCUGGCGUUUGGUGCUGGACCUAGGAACUGCAUUGGUAUCCGUUUCGCGAUGAUCGUUGCCAAGACCGCGAUUGUUACUCUGAUGAGAAAUUUCAAAUUUUCAAGUGGACCAAAAACUGAGAAUCCUGUGAAAUUUCACAGAAAUUCCAUGUUGUUAAAACCAGAAUCUGGUAUAUGGGUGCACGUUGAAAAGAUAUAAAUCAUUUGAGUAACGUAUAAAGCUGCCUUCCAGUGCCUGUGAUAUUACGGCACACGUAGCUGUCGGCUGCGGACCGAGCGCGCACGGCCUCGCCCGCCCGGCCCGUCCAAUCCACCAAUAGUGGAGACCCACUUUAAUAUACUAUUAUAUUAUUAUAAUAUAAAGUUAUUCAGAACAUCGAAUGUUAUACAACUUCAAUUAUAUUGUUAUAUGAAAACAAAAAUUAUUUAGGUGUCGGAUCCGGUUUUUAAACCACAAGCUUUAUAAAAUUUAAUAAUGUCACAGUGAGAUUAAAUAGUACAAAGUGAAUAUAUCAUUUAAAAAUAUUGUAACUUAAAUAUAAAUAUUCGAAUUUAAGAUUAUAAAAAUAUUGGAAAAUUUAUAAAAUUAUUAUUGAGAUAAUCUAUUAUAAUUCAUAUAAUAAUUCAAAAAAUGUAUAUAUUACUGUAAAAGUUCGAACUACGGUAAAUCUUAAGAUUUUCUAGUAAAACCUAAGAUUUACCGAUUAUGAAUGGUAAAUGUCCAUAAAACUUUGGGAUUCGAACAUUUACCAUCAUUCACUUGGUAAAUCUUAGGAUUUACAUGUUAGGUUAGGUUGGAAUGGUAAAAUUCCGAAAAAGUCGUCCUUUUAUAAUAAAUACUUACAUUUACAACAACUCAUGUCGGUAAAUCUUAGGUUUUACUGGAAAAUCUCAAGAUUUACCUUAGUUCGAGAUAUUACAGUAACAUAUACAUUAUUAGAAUAUUAAAUAAAAACAAUUAUAACAUGUAACAUUUGCUAAAUUGUAACUAAUUUUGUGAUAUAUUUUUUUUAGUUUAUAGUUGUCAAUUUAUAAUUUAGCCAUCAUUUUAAUAUAUACGAGUAAUAAGUGAAUAUUGAAUUGUAAUUUUUGUAGCGUUUAUAAAAGGAGGGGAAUUCAACUUAUAUAGAUCUCUAAAGAUAGCGGAGAAAACAUUUCAAUUUCGUUAAAAAUAGGAGACUUGCCAUCACAUGCGAUUAAAGGCGCAACAAAGUUAAUCGGACUGAAGUUAGUGGAGAUGAAUAUGUAUACGUAAUACAUCUACAGUUUGAUCUAAUUAUUUUAUCAAGUUAUACAACAAUAAAAUAUCUUUAUUAUUAAGCGGGUAAUUGUUAUAUUUAUGAACAAUAAAAUGUAUACUUGGA